AUGUUCGAAAGGAGCAACAAAACUGAGUACGAGUACCUCGAUAGUAGGAUCAGACAAACGCAAACGACUCAAGGCGGCGACAUCGAGUGGACGCUGCCCAAGCAUCUCGAGCAUGAUCCCAAAUCCAACGAGAUCGUCCGUCGAGCUAAACGAUGGUUACCUACUGUGGCCAGUGUGAGGUCCGUUGUCAUGCCAAUCGCAGCCCUGGAUCCACACAAGAUUGCUCCCAUUUGCUGUGCGAUAGUUUUGGCUAUUCCUGAGCUUGCGGCCAAUGGCCCGAACACAGAAUACAGAUCAAAAGCACUGGACGCAUACUUCGAAGCGGCCAAUACUAUCAACGACUGGAUAUCCUUUGAAAAGAUAUUUGAAGUAGAACGCGAGAACGUAGUAUCGAAUUUGAAGAAUCAGCUCCCCAAUGUCUACAUCAUGGCAUUACGGCUCAUGUGCCACGUUCAUUACGCGCUGGAUAAGCUCUCAGAUGGAUCGAAAGCGGAUCGAGUAAAGGCAAAAGCCGCUGCCAUGAUAAAAAACGACCCUGCUAUGUGGGAUGAGAAGAUCAAAGAACUUAAGAGGGUAGGGGAGAAACUAAAUGGAGAAAAGAAGCGUAUGAAUGACAAAAUCGCCGCUGAUGAGAAAGGCGCAGCCGCACUGAAAUGGUUCAAAAAGAAGGACGACCCAGAGGAUGCACUAAGCAAGAUCGAAAAAGAGAUAACGUCGGACGGUCGAUCCAAUCAAUACGCGCAGUGGUUUCUCGAUUCGAGUCAAUACAAGACCUGGUUUGAGGCUCUGCGUCGUCAGGGUGACGAUGAUGUGCAAUUUCAAGCGCCGAGUUCAGCGCGAAUACUUUGGAUAUCUGGCCCUUUUGGCAUGGGAAAAACCACUCUCGCACAUCGAGUCUUGCUCAGCCUGAAAGCACUCGAGAGUAUACCGGUUCCAGGAGAGUCUCUGCGCGUGGUCCAUUAUUUCUGCUCCGCCCGAGGCAGCUUAAGGCCUGAUCACGAGACAGUCAUACGCUCACUCAUUCUGAAGCUCUCUUGGGGACUAGACCGUUCUAUUGCCCCGAAAGCUUACCAAUUCUACUGCAAAUGGACACGGGGACCCGAAGAUGAGCCAUCUAUCGACGACUGGAAAAGUCUACUUGUUGCGCUCAUCGCUAAGUCCGAUCAACCGACGAAGCUUGUCAUCCUUGUGGAUGGACUUGACGCGUUCGAAAAAACGGAAGAAGGGCAGUUGUUUCUUGAAAGCACGAAGUCUAUUGUAAAAGAUCACAGCCACGUGUUUUUCGUCUUUUCAUCCCACCAACACGUGCUUGACAGUAGCGAAUAUGAGGAAUCGCUACUCAUUGAAUACAAAGUUAACCCGGAAGAUACAAGGAGAGACCUGGAAGCUUUCGUUGACGCCGCGAUCGAAGCUCGGGCUCCCGUCCCCGGCAAGACCAUGGACGAUAAGAUAGGUCCAUCCAACCAGGUCAGGAAAAACUCCGUGAUACAAUGA